AUGGCUGAAGGCGAUAUGGACUUGGGACAACUGUCCACUAGUCAGCAGGAGGCUCUUGAUCAAUAUACACAAGUAACCAACCAAGAGAUCAGCGAUGCUAUUCCGCUUCUCCGACGCUCCGAAUGGAACGUUCAGAUCGCAAUCGCCAAGUUCUUCGACGGCGAAGUUGCAGACCCGAUAGCUGCAGCACAACAAGAAAUACCCCGAGCAACAGCGCGGCACGAAAACCUACAAGAGAGCCUUUUUGAUGAGGCAAUUCGUGCCCCUCGAGCUUCACCACGACAGCGCACGGAUCUAGCUCCGAGAAUCGUGCCCCAAAGCCCUGUCACAAAUCGAACACCAUGGCUGCUGGGCCUGCUUCUCACACCCUUUAGCUUAGGUUGGAGAGCUGCCUCGACUCUCUUUCGGACUUUGAUCUAUGCGCUGUCCUUCUUGCCCGCCUCGAUUCGGCCACGGGCUGUUACAAGCAGAAUAUCGACAGGCUUCAGAGGUACCAAUGGUCGCCGACCUCUCAUGCCUCGAGACACAGCCUCGCGGUUCAAGCGAGAGUUCGAAGAGGAGUAUGGAGAGAAUGAACUGCCCUUCUUCGAGGGCGGCGUCGCUCAGGCGCAUGAUCAAGCCAAGAAGGACCUCAAGUUUAUGCUUGUGGUAUUGAUGUCGCCUGAGCACGAUGAUACUGAGUCUUUCGUCAGGGAGACUUUACUAGCACCAGAAGUAGUGAACUUCAUCAAUGAUCCUUCCAACAACAUAAUCCUAUGGGGCGGAAACGUCUUGGAUUCUGAGGCAUACCAGGUGGCUCAGGAGUACAUCUGCACCAAAUUUCCCUUCUCGGCAUUGGUUUGCCUUACACCAAAGGAGGGUAGUACACGAAUGGGGAUCGUCAAGCGACUUGUUGGACCCAUGCCCCCCUCCACAUACCUAUCAGAGCUUCGAGCAGCAAUCGAAAAGUACGGUGCAGAUCUGGAUGGGGUACGAGCAGAGCGAACAGCCCAGGAAGUAACCAGAAAUCUACGAACUGAGCAAGACUCGGCCUACGAGCGGUCGCUAGCUAUUGACCGAGAGCGCGCACGCCAGAAGAGAGAAGCAGCGGCGGCCGCGGCUGCAGCAGAGAAACGCGCGCAGGAAGAAGCAGAGGCAGCGCAGCGACUCGAAGAGAAGCGCGAGCAAUGGAUAGCAUGGAGAGCUACGACUAUUGUGCCCGAACCACCAACCAGCGAUAAGAGCGUGGUACGAGUCGCACUCAAGAUGCCCGAGGAAUCGGGUAUCGGCCGAAUUGUGCGGCGGUUCCCCCAAGAUGCCUCCUUGGAGGACCUGUACGCCUUUGUGGAGUGCUACAGUGCUCUUAAAGAGGAGGGUGCAGCGGGUGGUGACAAGCCGGGGGAGUACGAGCACGAGUACAAGUUCCGAAUCGCCUCAAUUCUCCCCAGAAUGGUGUACGAGCCUAGCACAACGGUGACAAUGGGGGAGAAGAUUGGACGGUCAGGAAAUCUGAUUGUGGAGGACAUAUCACCGGAUUCGGAAGAUGAGUCGGACGACGAGGGUGAUGACGAGGACUAG